AGACGCUACGCUGGCUCCACACUGGCUGACACAGUAACCUGUGAGCUACUGUGCUCCUGCUUCUCCCCUUCCAGAAACAUUGUGAGGAAAGAAAACAAACCUGCAUGGAUGGAUCCUUUACUUUUAAACAUAUUUUAGUGACCGUGAAUGAACUGAAACGUUUCGGAUUUCGCGAUUGAUCUGAAUGUUUCAAUCGCUCGCGGUGAAGCGAACGCGGAUUCCUCGCGCAGAUAAUCAAAGUCUCUCAAACGUACCGUUUAGCUGCACAAAAAUGGAUGUUCUGGCCAAUUACAGUAUUUUUCAAGAACUUCAACUUGUUCAUGACACUGGCUACUUCUCUGCGAUGCCGUCUCUGGAGGAAAACUGGCAGCAGACAUGUUUGGAAUUGGAACGCUAUCUGCAGACGGAGCCCAAAUGGCUGUCCGACCUUUUCGAUGAGGAACUGGAUGGUCUUCUUACCCCGUCCUUCAUAAAGGAAGAUGCAGAUGAAGACCUGUUAGACCCCCUCCUUCCCAGCCUCAACAACCCCCCCAGCCCUCCUCCUCCUCCUCACCUCACCCCACGUAAAGAAACCCUCUCCUCCACUUCGACCUCUCCAGACAUCACCUUAGGGGUUAACGCAGCCCAGCUGAACGCUGUCACCUCCUUAACACCACCCUCAUCUCCAGAACUGGGCCGUCACUUAGUCAAACCCAUGCACACCCUCAGUGCCUCACCCGACGGGACCCUAACGCUCAAGCUAGUGGCCCGAAAGGUGGGAUUGAGUUCUGCCAAGCUUGUGGCAGCCCACCCGGUGCCACUUUCUCCCCAGCAUGGCAGCAGUGGUGCACAGAGUGACGGGGAACAGGGUGGCACCUGCACAAUCGGGGCCGGUGAGAUGGCAGAGAACAAGAAGAGGGUCCAUCGCUGCCAGUUUAACGGGUGUCGGAAGGUCUACACCAAGAGUUCACAUCUGAAGGCGCAUCAGAGGACACACACAGGAGAGAAGCCAUACAAGUGCUCAUGGGAAGGCUGUGAAUGGCGGUUUGCGAGAAGCGAUGAAUUGACAAGGCACUACCGAAAACAUACCGGCGCUAAGCCUUUCAAGUGCAAUCACUGCGACAGGUGUUUCUCUCGAUCUGAUCACUUGGCACUGCACAUGAAGAGGCACAUCUGAGGAGGAAGAGGAGGAUGCGGCAAAAUGGCAAGGUGGAGAAAGAGACAGAGAGAAAGUAGAGGGAGAGAAAGAGAGGGAUUAUGGGAAGGAGUCGGAUACCACUCAGACCAUUCGCUCAUCCCACCAGAGAGAGGCCCCCCAUGAGGGAACAGGUCUUGAGAUUUGGUCGGCCAAGUGUAUUUGUAGAAUUUGGAGGUCUACAGAUCUGAGAAGGUGGUACGACGUCGUAUGUCAUUGAAAGACAAUGUGCUUCAGUAGGUAUUUGCCUAAUACUUAAAAAAAUCAAUGACUCAAUUUAGUUACUACUAUUAUUGUGUUCCAGUGUCUCCAAGAUCCAUUUAAAGCUUUCGUCAAUUUUACAUAGAGUACAUCUUACACAGAUUGUGACAGACGGACAAGCUACAAUUGAACAUUGAUUUGAUUUACUGCACCGUGUAGGACGUGUCCCGAAUGCAUCUCCUUGAGAAAUUUUGGAAAAUAUCAUAGCGGUAGGACGUCAAUCCAAAGAGGAUUUAAUUUUUUUCAUUUUGAGUAAGGAUUACCUUUCUGCUUUGAUCCCACCAAUGCACAACCAAGAUCUAAAGUGGAAUGUCCAUCCAGAGAAAUCUGGAUUUCAAAGGCAAAAGGCAACCAAGUGGAAUCACCCAAUGCUCAAAUGUGAAUCUUAAUAGGGGCAGUGGAGGAAACACUCUCACCUUCUUCGUAGAUGGACCAAUAUCUCUCUUUGAAAUCCCUCCCUGCCAACCAACUGCUGCGCAGCGACACUUUGUGACUUUUUAUAAAGGAAAAAAAAAUAAGGAAGAUAUCUUUUUGAAUGAUGACUAUGUUAUAUAAUUCAGAAGACUUCUUUUUUGCUUUUCUCCUGUGGAUGUGUACAAAUUAGACAAAAGAUAACGAAAUAAAAAUGGACCAAAAAAAAUAUAAAGAAAUAACUGCCAUAUGCACAAGCGAAGAGUAGUGGAUUCUGCACUGGCACAGACCGCAUCUAAGGUGGACUUCAUUUCUAUAGAAACGCAAACUUUUAGUGGCAAAAAAAAAGAAAAGAAAAGAAAAGCAAUGUUGUUGUUGCACAGGUUUUGAGCAUUCCUCAACAUUAUUUAGCACCCAUGAAAUGUUUUCCCAUAAACUUGGGUUCUUUCAGAAUUUCUAGGACUAGCAUGAAACGAGAAAAGUACCAUGGUUUAUUUGCGGACUUCAUUACAGAACAAUGACUUCAAUCAUUCAAGGCAGAGAUUUGCGAUCACAAAGUUUAGAUUUUGUAAAUGCAUCACAGAAUGUCCUGAAAACUCUCCGGACAGACAUUUCCCAUCAAUUAUUUUAGUUUGCACGGAUGAAAGCAUCAUAAAAAAGGUGUGUGUUGUGUUUUGCUGGUCCUAUAGGUGACAUAUACAUGUUUAGACAUGUUUUUUUUGUUUUUUGUUUUUUACUUACACAUAUCUACCUUGUGUUGCUGGUAAAAAAUGGCUGUACAGUGUGGAAAUUGUAUAGUAAAAGUGAGUUUUAAAUUUUAACGUACAAUCAAGUGUGGGAUGGAAAGUGUUCGUGAAUGUAAGGUUGUUUGAUUGUGGAUGGCCCUGCACUUAUGCAAUCAUUCAGACCACUGAAAGGCCUGAUCUGCUCCAGAUAGAUCCCACUGUGGCUCAUGCAUAAAGAUCUACAGAAAUGCUUGCUGAUGAAGGAAGAGCUCACAUAAAAUUUAAUAUCUGUCAUCGUUUACUCACCUUUGUGUCAUUCUGAACGUGUAAGACUUUCUUUACUUAGUGUAAGACGAAGAUGUUUUGAAAAAUGCUCUUUUUCCUACAGUGAAAAACAGGAAUAGGCUGUCAGACUCAAUAAAAUGACAUGGGAGCACCAUAAAAAUAGUCCAUGUGACUAUAUUUCAAGACUUCUGUGUCUAAAAACAGACCAAAAUUUUACUAACUUUGUGCAAUAGGUCUUGAAUAUCUUUUUCACAUUUUCAAAUUUGCAACAAACUAUUACAAGACGUGCAAAAUAAUGGAUUUUGGGAUAUCAAAAGUGAUGAAAUGUAUCUUUCAAGCAUAGUUAUAAUGCAUAACAUUUCAGAUUUUUUCAUUUAAGUUGUUUUGACUACUUUUGCAGCUGGUCUUUUCGGAGCUCCACUAGUUCCUCUUCACUUUCAUAAUAUUUGUUAAAUAUUAUAAGCGUUCUGCUAAAAGAAAGUCAUACAGAUUUAGACUCAACAUAAGGGUGAGUAAAUUAUGACAGUUUGCAUUUUUAUGUGAACUAUCCCUUUUUCCCAACAUCCUGUUUUGUGUGCGUUGUGGUGGAAACCACAUUGUAUGAUUGAACUCAGAGGCCCAGAACUGAAAAAUGUAUCAAAUGUAUGUGAUUUAUUUUUAAUCAUUGCAUACUGUAUAUAAACAUCAUGAUGCAGAUACUGAUGCUUUGGCUUAUUCAAAGUGUGAGAUCAGAUGCAAAAUCAAAAUCAGUGAUGGUUUUAACCAUAUCUGAAGAUUUUAAAUACCAUUUGAUUUAUAUCACUCAACAAUUGGUGCUGGACAAGGAUAUUCAUGUCUUGUUCAAACCGUCUGUCAGUGCCUUGUCCUUCUCACUCACUUGUCUAACAUGGACCAACGGGAGGCACGUCUGACAGAAUGGUGGUCUGGGUAAUGAGAAAGAAAUUGGGCUCUCCCAGCAGUGGCUAGCCCCUCAAUGGGGUGGAACGGAGUAGGACCACACUGGAGGCCGCAUGCCACACUUAUGCUGACCAGGAGAUCUUAUCGCAACUGCCCGACACAGUCAAUUUCACUGUGUAGCCGGGUGUCAGCUUACCUCCCUCCCUGGCCACAUUAGUCUAUGAAAAAUAACAAAGACACAAGGUCACCUGAAUCCAGAACAGAGCCGUGUGCAUCUGAUGUCCUCAAGAGACCAUCAUACUGGCCGCUUUUCCAGUUAAAAUCUAGUGCGUGAAACAUGCUAUUCAUAGAGGACGCAACCUGAAAUGUUACGAAAUUGUAGCAAACAUGAUCUUGGGCUAUGCAGACUAGCAAUUAAAGCAUCAUUUUAUUCCAUAUUUUUGGGCAACACAAUCCAAUAUUUACAUGAAUGAAACCUGUCAACAACUAUUAGAAGAUCGAUCCGAACGAUAGAUGCAAAUAACGGCAUCAGGUGUUUAUUUUAGAUUCUCUGGCAAGAAGGGUAAAACACAUAUAAUUAUAUAUAUAAAAAAAAUGAUUAUCACAGAACCGGUCAAAAACAUGUUUCACAUUUCACCUCAAAGAUUAAAAGAAAGAUUUGGAUUAAGUAAGACUUUUUUCUGCAUAGUGACACCAUUACCUAAUUCUCAUUUAAAUAAAUAUAUGUUACCCGGACCACAAAACCAGUCUGAAGUUGCUGGGGUAUAUUUUUAGCAAUAGCAAAAAAACACACAAAAAAACACACACACACACAUUACGGGUCAGAAUUAUCGAUUUUCCUUUUAUGCCAAAAAUCAUUAGGAUAUUAAGAUCAUGUUCCAUGAAGAUAUUUUGUAAAUUUCCUAAUUUUUUAAUUUUUGAUUAGUAAUAUGCAUUGUUAAGAAUUCAUUUGGACAACUUCAAAGGUGAUUUUCUCAGUAUUUCUAUUUUUUUUUUCAACCCUCAGAUUCCAGAUAUUCAAAUAGUUGUAACCUGACCAAAUAUUGUCAGAUCCUAAUAAAUCAUACAGCAAUAGAAAGCUUAUUUAUUUCGGCUUUCAGACGCUGUAUAAAUCUCAAUUUUGAAAAUUCGACACUUAAGACUGGUUUUGUCGUCCAGGGUCACAUCAGCCUGAUUUAGUGUAGUUUGUGUGUGUGUGUGUGUGUGUGUACUGUGUACUGUACAGUCUCUUGUACUGCAGUUUGUUCAUGAGAAGUUGGGGAAAUUGUCAGUCAUGACAAUAUUGUCACAAAGCAAAAUAAUAUUUGAAUAGUCUUCUUAAUAGGCAAUUCUAGGUAAAAUAUGACCUAGGCAUUUUUCAUCAGGUUUUGUGAGGAUUUACUAUUUACUUAAAUGCUCAUGGGAUAGAAAGAGUGUUCACACUGCAAAUCGUUUGCUAAAAUUCUCAUAGAGCUUGACAAAUUUUGGAAUUCUACCGAUAAGGAUAUAUGAUCUUCACGUGUAGUUUUCCUUGUGGAAUUUUUGACCAUUUGUUAACUUUAAGUGCCCCUUUUUCCUAAAAUCCUUCUUUAACAUCCUCCAGCCGGACCAAUUAGGGAUGUUACCUUGGCAAAAACUAGCUAAUGAGUUUGUCUUAAUGGUCCUGAGAAACCCCACAGAGAAGCUCGUUGUCAGUGUUUUUUUUUUUUUUUUUUUUUUUUUUGCUUUAAGUGCACUGUCUUUAGUUUUUCUCAAGUGUUUAUAAACCUUAUAUGUUACCCACUUUUAAAUCACACAGACAACUAACUGACCUUUUUGCUGUGGGAUAAUGCAAUUAUUUGUAAUGCACACUUGCAGGUAUGUUUUUACAUUCUACAAUGGAAAAUGUUACAUCCUGAAGAUCUAACAUGAGCUGAGACACUACUAAACAUGCAGGGAUCACUAAAUUAGGAGUCUGAAUGCAUUUCAUAUCUCGUGGUACUAUGAUUAGUCCGUUUUAGAGGUCUGUACAUUGUUUUUGGAUUGACGCAUUAGUCUGUACAUUCACAUUAGCAGCUGGUCUGGGUUUGCUCACUAGACAUCUGAAGCAUUGUUUUCUUUGUACCCUUCCAUUGCUCAAAACACUGUGCUAAAAGCUUUCAAAUGGAUGGUAUGACGCUGAUAAACAGAGUAAUUUCCAAUGUUUGUUGCACUUGUAGUGUAGUUUUCCGGUUAAAAGCUUUUUUUCCACACUUCCUGCUGUAAAUUAAAUCUGUUCCAAUCCCUCUGCUUUAUGCAGGCAUUUCAUGCUUUCCACUUUGCUCCUAUAUUUAUGCCGAUUUUUAUUUUUAUUAUAAUUUCUGUUGUUUGUUUAAUGUUUUAUUUGUUGUAAAAAGUGUUUGCAUAUAUUAUUUGUAUUAUAUGAUGUUAGUAUGACAAUGUUCUUUAUUAAGAAAAAAAAGGAAAAGAGUUUAUUUUUGUUACUGGUUUGUUUCAUAAUUCUUUUUUAAAUUGGUAUUGUAAUAUAUCUAUGCAAGAACUGUUAAGUCAAGCAUUUUUAUUUAAGAAUGUCAUUAUGUGUAAUA